AUGACCUUCAACCCGCUCACCAAAUUCCAGGUUACAUACCGCCAGAUUCCAUCAUGGAACCGCAUCCCUAACACAUCACUCCAAUGUAAACCGCUGAUGAUUUACCAUGGUGCGUUUGACGCCACACCCGCGGACCUUCAGCACCGUCUCCAGGCUGUAGGUGAAGUUGAGCCCCAUUGGAUAUAUACUAUGUACAGCCAGACUCAUUUCCAUUCUACCACCCAUGAGGUCCUUGUUGUAGUGACUGGGCGGGCAAUGUUGUGUUUUGGCGGUGAAGAAAACCCUCAACGCUUCGAACCAACCGUACAGCGUGGGGAUUUGAUCAUCAUACCAGCCGGGGUUGGACAUCAACUGUUGGAUGAUGAGGGCGAGGAACCAUUGCAAAUUGUUGGCUGGUAUCCGCAUAAUAAGCAGUGA